AGUUUUCUUUGGUGAUUAACUGAAUUACAGUCUCUGGCCACACAGACUCCUGCAGUACUUGAAGGAUCAGAGAUCGGAAAAGACAGACUUACACUUGGGACUCAUGGCUCAGUUCGGCUCAAAUCACAGGUUUGUGCCUGAUUCUUCCUACGAAGCGCUCAGACAGAAAGUGUGCGCUGUAUCCUCCGUUCAAGAAAGAAUUGCAGCCUUUGAGGGGAAUCUAUCAGGUGCUGCCAAUACAACCAGGAGUUUUCACACCCCUAUGCCUGUCUUUGAGAGAAGGUUCACCUCUUCUUUCACACAAAACAUGAAGUCAUCAACACUCAGAACUCAGUCAUUUAAAUCUACCAGAACGCAGACGGCCACAAACUUUUAUGGAUCCUCUUUUGUGCCUUCUCAUCUGAAAAAUGUUGGGAUGAAUACCACAGAGAAAGCAAAUGUUUCCAGCAAAACCAAUGUCUGUCUGGCUUCUGCCAAGCCAGCGUGGACUCAAUAUGGAAGACUGCAGUCUACCACAAUGCUGAAAACAGAAACCCAGAGAUCCUUUCUGAAAGAGCACCAGAGCACCAAACUGUCUUUCUCGGCACAGCAAAAUGUUGUUACCAGAGAGAAAAGUUGGGCUGUCAGUAAAGUGAGGGUGGAAAACACAAGUGUUACACCCGCCAAACCUCACUAUAUCAGAACACGUGGAAGCCAGAAUGAAGUCCAAAGGCAAAGCGCCAACUCCUCCGUCUUUAAGAAGAGGCUUCCUGAUGUGCUCUCUCUGGGAAAACCUCCUCCAAAGCCCAACAGGCCUCCAAGAGUUGACAUUCAGAGAUUUAGAAGGAAUAUAAAGUCUUUGAGCGAUGGACCAGGGAUGAAGGUGCCACGCCACGUUGCUCCUCCACCUAUCCCACCUCUACAUCCACGGCCAUCAUCCAACUAUGCAGCUGCUUUGAAAGUGAGUCAUCAAGUGAAUGACGAUGACUGUUAUGAUGAUGUCGGCACGAUGAAGCCUCCUGUGCCUCCCAGUAAAGGACAUCCUUCAAAGAAGGCAGAGGCAGACUUCAAUAAUGAGACAUGUGAAAAUCUGGAUGAUAGACGGACGGAAAAACCAGCAACAUUUAAAAAACGUGAGGAAAGAAGUCAUGGAAAAGGGGACACAAACUACGGCAAAGUCACGCAGGACAAACAGGCAGUUAACAGACCCUUUAACACGAACAACAAGCGGAAGACACUUAAAGGUGGAGCUGAUUUUAAAGGGGGAAAAUCAGACUCGUCGUUGAAUCAAGAUGACGACAUGAAGCGCGUCGAGACAAGACGUGAUGGUUUAAAUGAGGAGAAGGAGCCACGGUCUUACAACUCUGAUGCAGUGUCAGACGUCACUGAGGCACCAGCUGAGGUUUGCAGUGGGCUUGCUGUUCAAAACGAUUUGAAGAAUGAUGAAGAUUUGAAGAAUCCAGACACAAGAGUUCCUCCUCUGCCACAGGCACCCACGGAUGAAGAUGGCUUUUAUGAUAACGUCAGUUUCCAGAGUCCUCUGCUGCCUUACGAUGGGUUUGAUAUUUAUGAAGGCACCGAAGAAGGCUGCAUCUAUACAGACGUGAUGGCAUGAGGAGCCUGGAUCAGAAUCUUGGAUCAUUUCAGUGCCAUACAUCAGUAUCCAGUGUUUGUAAAUGGCUGAAUGAAUAAUCAGAGAGCUUCAUUGAUGAGGAACCAUAAAAACUUAUUAUUAAUAUAUGAUAUUGGUAAAAUAAAAUGUUGCAACCUACCACUGUUGGCAGUGAUGAGCUUUUGACCAGUAGUUAUUAGUACAAUGGUGACACGCUUUUACAAAUAUGAACAAAUCCUGCUUAACUUCAGUAUGCAUUGUUUGGCAGAUUAUCUGGAAUCAUCAGCCUUUGUUUAAGCAACUUGUUGAUACUUUAAAUAUGUUGAUCAAUGCCUCAGCAUGGUUUAUUCGUUCAUGAUGCACACAUUUACUGUCAGGAUUAUUGUGAAUUUUUUUCUUUUGAUCAACAAUAAAGAUCUAUUAAUUCA